AUGGCUCCUAUCUCUCUUUCAGGUUCAGGCAACCUGUGCCAACUGCCCAGCCAGGACCAGCUAUUCCCUGCAUCAUGGAUCCCAUGGAGGGCAUGGGCACCCCCGGAUGCGCAGGAACCACCACCAGGGCUGCAGAGGGCUCCAUGUGGCUGCUUCUUCAACCCCCAGCUCUUCUCCAUGCGGUGGACCGUGCCUAACCCACCUCCAGCAGACACCUGCAGACUGGGCUUCAACACUGCUCCUCUGCCAGGUGCUGCCCUGUUGGGGACUGGGGACUGCAGGGCCCUCCCGGCCUGGGCAGCCCCCGGGAUCCCCCAGGGCCCAGCACAACACUUUGCACCCCAGAACUAUCAGGGGACAGGAGCAGGGGUCCCAGCGCUGCCAGAGCCCAGCCCUAGGAACCACCACAUCAACGGUGUGCCUGCAGGGAGCAACACUGCCAGCACCAACACCUGCAUGGGGAUAGCCCCUGGUAACAACAUCCCCACGGGCAGCAACAUCCUCCUUAGCUGCUCUUCUAACUACCAGAAUCAAGGCCUUGGUGAGCCAGAUGCAGACACUGAAGUCACUGAGGAGAUGCUCCUCAAAGAGGCUCUAAGGCUCUUCGGUAUGUCUGAGAAGAUGGAGGCAGUCAUCCAGCCGGGUUCCAGCAGCGUCAUCAUGCCUGAGAAUCACAGUGACACCAUUGGAAAGGGUAGAACACUGGCCCCAGCUGACCCAGACUUGCUGAAUUCCAUCCCCAGCAACAAAAACAUCGAGGGGGUGUCUGCACAGCCCAACACCCCCAACACAGCCACCUCCCUGGGGACAACCCUGGGAAUUAACAUCCCCCCAGGAAACGAUGUCCCUCCAAGUGCCUCUUCUGACCCCCACUAUCAAGGCUUUGAAGACCUGAAUGACAGCUUUGCACAUGACAAAGAGGUGACUCUUGAGGAGGCCCUGAGGUUCUUUGAUUGCCAUGAGGACACUGAGAGAGUCAUCCAGGAGGGUCGCAGCAGCAGCUGCAAGCCUGAGGACCCUGGCGGCACAGACACAGACAUCUCCCUCUACAACUUCACCUCACUCUCACUGCCAGAUGAGCUGCUCACCUGUGACUACGAUGUCUGUGAGAUAAGCAAAGUCAUCCAGAGCCUUGAAGACAUCACAACACUGGAAAGUACCCCCAUGAGUUCUGGGCUGAUGUGGUGAUGGACCUGGAACCAUCCCAGCCUGGCGGUGCAGAAUAGUGGGGGACAAUGUAUGGGCUCAGAACCUUGCCCAAGCAAGACAGCGAGUUCAGCACUUACUGGUUGACUUAAUGAGUCUUUUUAUCUGAUUUUUCCAUUAAAAUCCAUUUCUCCAA